UUAUUCACCCCUAAUCCCGAAAAUCAAAAUUUGACAUUAACACUCAAAAUCAAUCUCUCUGUAUCCUAAACCUAUUCCUCAUAAAACCCAGUUCAUUUUCUUCCCAAUUUUCCUCACAAAUUCACCAAUAAUACAAUUUCCCUUAAUAGUAUGCUCUAAUUUCCUCCCAAAGAUCGAAUUUUGUUGCUAACCCACUUCACAGAAUCAACCUAUCUUCUUCUAAAACCAAAAUUUCUUACAUAACCAACAAAAUUUGUCCACCCUCUAUCUUCUGUCAAAUUCUGAGGUAACCCACAACACAAAAAUGGCAUCAGAAAAUAUGGGUUUAGUCCCAACUCAAAGAAUGGAUAACAACUUGAAUUCUCAGGCCCAUUUCCAAAACAAUAACAACCCUCUAAGGUUUGGGCGAGGGUCCAGCAACCCGGGUUCGAAACCGGGGUUUAUGGAUGACAAACUAUUUUCUAUUGAUCACCGUGAGAGGGGGUACUUCUCACCGGAGCUCCGACGAGGUAGUGAUGUUAUUGGUGCUUAUGAAGAGGGCCCCACCUCCUCCAAGCAAGGCGGGUCCCGGCAUUGGAGAGGUGGUGGGGCCGUUUCGACCCCGAGUAGCGAGGAUGAGGAGGAGGAAGAAGAAGAAGAAGAUGAGGAUGAUGAUGAUGAGGAGGAGGGUGAUGGUGAAGUGUUGCGUUUGGUAGGAAUUGGUGGAAAGAAUAGUGAUAGUAGUGGUUUUGAGGAUAAAAUUGGGGUUGGAAUUAUUAAGGAUCAUGCUUCAUUUGGUUCAUCAACUAGGCCAAUGAUGAUCAAGGAUGGAGGUAUAUUGCAACCAGGGAGUGACGCAAAUAGAGUCAGUACGAGUGAGAAUGACCAGCAAGGAAGAGUAGGGAACUUUCAGAAAAUGGUUACAGUUGCAGAACAUGAUGGUGAUAUGUACUAUUCGCAGUUGUUACAAGGAACAGAAGGGACCAGCCAAGGUCAGAAGGAUAUAGCUGGGGAUAAUAGUUGUGGGUUUGACGGAAGGAAGGACAGCUCUGUUUCUAAUGAUCCAGGAGGGUCACUGAGAGCAAUUUUCUCUGAUCCAAUAACAGGAGCUCUAAUGGAUGAUGCAAUAAUACUACCUUGUGGACACUCCUUUGGAAGUGGUGGAACUCAGCAGGUCAUCAAAAUGAAAGCCUGCUAUACCUGCUCACAUCCUGUUACUGAAGAUUCAGUGGCACCAAAUCUCUCUCUUCGAUCUGCUGUUCAAGCUUUUCGCCGUGAAGAAGAUUUACAGAUGUACAAAGCUUCCAAAAGGAGAAGAGAGAGGUUUGAACAGGACAGGGGUAACGGUGGUGAUAUAUCUUUCUCAGAUUCGCCUAGAGCAAGAGGUGUACAAUUUCCAUUUGUUGUGACUGACCGAGUCAUCAUAAAGGGAAAUAAGAGGACGCCACAGCGGUUUGUAGGACGUGAGGCGAUUGUUACGACACAGUGUUUGAACGGAUGGUAUGUGGUGAAGACACUGGACAAUGCAGAGAGCGUAAAAUUGCAAUACCGAUCACUGGAGAAGGUUCAAGACAACCCUUCUUCAAAGAUAAUAUCAGACAAGAUAACACCAAACUGGCUAUAGUCCAACAUAACACCAUGACAUGCUUCAGUGUUGUUUUAAUCAACUUUUGUAGGUCUGCAUUCUAGUUCUUAGGGGUGAAGGUGAUUCAUGAGGCCUUGUAAAUUGAGGGAGCCUCUUUCAGUUUCACAUGAGGACAGCAACUUUGCUGGGCUGGGAGUUUAUGUGCCUUUGAACUACUCCCUCCAUUUCAAUUGUAUGUAAACUUUUUUUCCAAGGAUCAGCCAUUUUAUGAAAGGUGGUAUAUAGUGUUAAACCUUCUCUUA